AUGACCAAAGAUCAGGAUUCUGUCUACGGUGUUGCGUUCAGAUCGAUUGCCACCGCGGACGAGGCCGUCUACCGUGAAGCCAUAAAGUUCUACCACAGACUGGGCUUUUCCACGGUCAAGACAUAUGACAAGUUCAGAGGCACCAAACAAAAUAUCCCGUCAUCAGGCACCGCUCAAGGCUCUGUCAAAGAGACGUGGCUCGAGAGCUUUAAACUUUCUGAGGUGGAUGCCAACGGGUUCCGUAUACCACAGCAGGAAGCCUCCAACCACGACCAAAGCGAUGGUGCAUCUUUGAAAAUCCGGCUCGUGAGUCAAACCCCAAUCGCGGCCUCCUCGGAUGGCGAUCUUCGCAUCACCUACUACUGCGCAGACACCUCUAAAAUUGCUCAGGAUUUGCCUGAAGCUAAAGAGCUUGCGAAUGGCGAGUAUUCGGCCGUCGAUCCGCUCGGAAAUGAAGUGCGCUUUUCACCGUUGGUCAGAGCCGGCGACAAGUCCUCUGUGGGUAAGGAGUUCUUUUUGGACGAAUCUAAAUCACCUGCAGACUAUCUUCAACCAUCCUCGGCGGCCUCGAAGUCCUCCCCCAAGACAGACAAAUCGGGUCACAUUAAGCGUAAGAUCGCUGUGAUGACUUCAGGUGGCGACUCCCCAGGAAUGAACUCUGCAGUUCGUGCUGUUGUGAGAGCCGGUACCUACUAUGGAUGCGACGUUUAUGCCGUGUAUGAAGGAUAUGAGGGGUUGUUGAAAGGUGGCGAUUUGCUGCGCAAAAUGGACUGGCAAGACGUGAGAGGCUGGCUCAGCGAGGGUGGUACGCUGAUCGGUACUGCCCGUUGCAAGGAAUUUCGUGAACGUUGGGGCCGGAAACAAGCGGCGGCCAAUUUGAUCACGGAGGGUAUCGACGCUUUGGUUGUAUGUGGUGGUGACGGGUCUCUGACCGGUGCUGAUCUUUUCAGGUCCGAAUGGCCUUCGUUGGUGGAAGAAUUGGUCAACGACGGCAAAUUUACUCCAGAGCAAGUCGAGCCCUAUCAGAACUUGAAGAUUGUGGGACUUGUCGGAUCCAUCGACAACGACAUGUCCGGUACGGAUUCCACCAUCGGUGCCUACUCUGCUUUAGAGAGAAUCUGUGAAAUGGUCGACUACAUUGAUGCUACAGCUAAAUCUCACUCUAGAGCGUUUGUGGUUGAAGUGAUGGGUAGGCAUUGUGGUUGGUUGGCCUUGAUGGCUGGUAUUGCCACGGGCGCGGACUACAUUUUUGUCCCUGAAAGAGCAGCGCCUGCCGGAAAAUGGCAAGAGGAGCUAAAGAAGGUUUGUCAAGCGCACAGGGAGAAAGGCCGUAGGAACAAUACUGUCAUUGUAGCUGAGGGUGCUCUCGACAACAAUUUGAAGCCCAUCACUUCUGAUCAAGUCAAGGAUGCUUUGGUAGAGCUAGGCCUUGACACUAAGAUAACCACGUUGGGCCACGUUCAAAGAGGUGGUACUGCUGUUGCCCACGACAGAUGGUUGGCGACUUUACAAGGUGUCGACGCCGUUAAGGCCGUCUUGGAAAUGACCCCAGAUACUCCUUCCCCCUUGAUUGGUAUCUUAGAAAACAAAAUUAUCAGGAUGCCAUUGAUGGAAUCUGUUAAGUUAACAAAGAGCGUGGCUGAUGCCAUCGAAAAUAAAGACUUUGACAAGGCAAUUUCCCUGCGAGACACCGAAUUUAUCGAACUGUAUGAGAACUUUAUCUCCACUACUGUUAAUGAUGACGGCUCCGAAAUGUUACCGGAAAACGAGAGGCUAAACAUCGCAAUCGUUCAUGUCGGCGCUCCAUCUGCGGCACUGAACGCUGCCACUCGCGCAGCCACGCUGUACUGUUUGUCCCGCGGUCAUACCCCAUCGGCCAUUUUGAAUGGUUUCAGCGGGUUAAUCCAAACCGGGGAUGUAAAGGAACUAUCAUGGAUCGACGUGGAGAACUGGCACAACUUGGGUGGUUCUGAGAUCGGUACCAACAGAUCUGUCGCCAGCAGUGACAUGGGUUCGAUCGCCUAUCACUUUCAAAAGAACAAGUUUGAUGGUCUUAUCAUCCUAGGUGGUUUCGAGGGCUUCAAAUCAUUGAAAGAGCUGCGUGACGCUCGUGCCCAAUACCCUAUUUUCAACAUUCCGAUGGUUUUAAUUCCUUCGACAGUUUCUAACAAUGUACCUGGUACCGAAUACUCCUUAGGUGUGGACACUUGUCUCAAUUCGUUGGUAAAUUACACUGAUGCUAUCAAGCAGUCUGCUUCUGCAUCAAGGAGGAGAGUGUUUGUCGUGGAAGUACAAGGUGGUCACUCUGGUUACAUCGCCUCAUUCACCGGUUUAGUGACUGGGGCAGUUUCCGUAUAUACCCCCGAGGACAAGAUCGGUCUGAAAAGUAUUAAAGAGGACUUGGAACUAUUGAAGGAGAACUUCCGUCAUGAUCAAGGUGAGACUCGUAAUGGUAAAGUUCUCAUCAGAAAUGAGCAAGCUUCCUCCAUUUAUACCACCGAAUUGUUAGGAGACAUCAUCGCAGAGGCUUCUGGUAACAAGUUCGGUGUUAGAACUGCCAUUCCAGGUCAUGUUCAGCAAGGUGGGGUUCCAUCUUCGAAGGACCGUGUCACUGGCUCAAGAUACGCAGUCAAAUGUGUCAAGUUCAUCGAAGCCUGGAACAAAAAGAACUCUGAUGAACAGAAUGAGGACUUCAAGAUAUUGAGAUUCAAGUAUGUUAACGGUGUCAAGGAAUUUACUAUUCAUGAUGAGGACGCCUCGGCUGCCAUUAUCGCUGUUAACGGUUCGCACAUCUCCUUCAAACCUAUCAACCAACUUUGGCGCGAGGAAACCAAUGUCGAAUUGAGAAAGGGUCAAGACAUCCAUUGGCAUGAGUUUAACAAGAUCGGGGAUAUUCUUUCAGGAAGGUUGAAUUUAAGAAAGGAGAUAGCUGCUGACAAGAGUCUCUAA